AUGACGACCAGUUCAGUUGGCGGCAGUACAGUUGCCAAUAGCAGAGGCACACAACCGUCUCCUGUAUCCCACACAAUCUCUUCACAGUUGGCAUCCGCUGCCAGUACUUUCAUCUAUUACCCCUUCGAUACACUUAGAAUACGAUUUAUGUCACAAGAUGGUACUUUACAAAGACAACAUAAUGGACAAACAUAUCAUUCUAUUAGUAAAGCUUUAACUACCAUUUAUCGUGAAGAAGGUUUACGAGCACUAUUCCGUGGUUGUCACAUUGCAGUAAUGGGUGCAAUGAUGUCAUGGGGAGUGUAUAUGUAUCUUUAUCGUUCACUUUGUAGUUUAUCAGAAGUUUCUUCUUAUAUUGGUCGCGCAGGUGUUUCUGCUGUCGCAAGUCUUAUCGCGACAUUUUUUUCUUCACCCAUUUGGCUUAUAAAGUCUCGUAUGCAAAUUGAAGAGGCUACCAAAUCUAAAAAUUAUGUUACUUUUCAUGGAGGUGUACGUCAUGUACUCCAAACCACAGGAUUUCGUUCUCUUUGGCGAGGCGUUUCUCUGCAGUUAACUUUAGUCAUUCCAAAUUCUCUUAAUGUUCCCACUUAUGAUUUUUUAAAAGGAAUUGUUUUACAUACCCGUUAUGGUCACAAUUCUAUGAAUGGGGAGUUAAGUGUUUUGGAGUCUUCACUGUGCUCCAUGUUAACCAAGACAUUCUUGGUGUUUCUAUCACACCCCAUUACGGUAUUGAAGGUUAGACUACAGGAUCAGCGAUGGAAUGCUGGGGAAGUAAAAUACAGAAGUGUUCAUGAUUCUAUUUUACUUAUUUUAAAACGGGAAGGAGCUCGGGGAAUGUUAAGAGGAUUAGGGUCCUCCUUAUUACACUCGCUUCCACGCACUACCACUUAUUUUGUAAUAUAUGAGAAAACAUUAGGCUUUUUUUCCCGUUACGCAUGA